UUCUCAAAGUUUUUUUGUGCAACAUUCGGAGAACUGCAGGCGACAAAAUGCAGCGCACGCAGUCGCCGUUGACGACAACGACGACGACGACGACGACGACGUUAGUCGCGCUGCUGCUGAUGCUGCUGCUGGCGCAAGCGCAAACGCAGGCGCAGAAUAUAGCUGCUGUUGAUGGAGCCUGCAGCUUUCCCGGCUCACCAGCGCACAGCAGCGUGGUCUUCUCUAGCGCAAAUCUAACCCAAGGCACUGUCGCCUCCUAUAGCUGUGAGCGUGGCUUUGAGCUGCUCGGGCCGGCGAGGCGUGUCUGCGAUAAGGCGCAGUGGGUGCCCGAGGGUAUUCCAUUCUGUGUUCUUAAUGUGGCCGCUGGCAAGGCGCCUAUGCAAAUUUCUACAGAUGGCGCCGGUGCACCACAAAAGGCCAUUGAUGGUUCCACCUCAGCGUUCUUUACGCCGGAGACCUGCUCGCUGACCAAGCCGGAACGCUCGCCCUGGUGGUAUGUCAAUCUAUUGGAGCCCUAUAUGGUGCAGCUGGUGCGCUUGGAUUUUGGCAAAUCAUGUUGUGGCAAUAAGCCGGCUACAAUUGUGGUGCGUGUGGGCAACAAUCGUCCGGAUCUGGGCACGAAUCCCAUAUGUAAUCGUUUCACUGGUUUGCUGGAGGCGGGACAACCAUUGUUUUUGCCCUGCAAUCCACCGAUGCCAGGUGCCUUUGUCAGCGUACAUUUGGAGAAUAAUACACCGAAUCCAUUGUCCAUAUGCGAGGCAUUUGUCUACACCGAUCAGGCGCUGCCCAUUGAGCGCUGUCCCACAUUCCGUGAUCAGCCACCAGGCGCAUUGGCUUCAUACAAUGGCAAAUGUUAUAUUUUCUAUAAUCGCCAGCCAUUGAAUUUCUUGGAUGCGCUCAGUUUCUGUCGCUCACGCGGCGGCACACUGAUCAGCGAGAGCAAUCCGGCGCUGCAGGGCUUCAUUAGCUGGGAGCUGUGGCGUCGCCAUCGCAGCGAUGUUAGCUCACAAUACUGGAUGGGCGCCGUGCGUGAUGGCAGCGAUCGCAGCAGCUGGAAGUGGGUGAAUGGCGAGGAGUUGACUGUAUCGUUUUGGAAUCAUCCUGGUGGCGAUGAGGAUUGCGCACGCUUUGACGGCUCCAAGGGCUGGCUGUGGAGCGAUACCAAUUGCAAUACGCUGCUCAAUUUCAUUUGUCAGCAUCAGCCCAAGACCUGCGGCCGUCCUGAGCAGCCACCUAAUUCGACAAUGAUUGCGCUCAAUGGUUACGAGGUGGGCGCCCAGAUUAAAUAUAGCUGCGAUACGAAUCACUUGCUUGUGGGUCCUGCCACGCGCACGUGCUUGGAAACCGGAUUUUACAACGAAUUCCCGCCUGUUUGUAAAUAUAUUGAAUGUGGCUUGCCUGCUAGCAUUGCCCAUGGCUCUUAUGGACUGCUUAAUGGCACAGUGGGUUACCUCAGCCUGGUCAAGUAUGCCUGCGAGGAAGGCUACGAGAUGAUUGGACGUGCGCUGUUGACUUGCGACUUUGAUGAGCGCUGGAACGGACCGCCGCCACGUUGUGAGAUUGUGGAAUGCGACACUUUGCCUGGCAACUACUACAACACCAUUAUCAGCGCACCCAAUGGCACCUACUAUGGCUCCAAGGCAGAGAUUAGCUGUCCGCCUGGCUAUCGCAUGGAAGGACCACGCAUGCUUAGCUGCCUGGCCACCGGACAAUGGAGCAGCGCGCUGCCACGCUGCAUUAAGUUGGAACCGUCUACCUUGGCUACACCACCAGCACCUGUGGCCACGCCCUCAACGCCAGCGACACAACCACCACCACCUUACAGACCCAAACUGCCGCUCAGCACAAGUCGCGCACCGCCCGCCUAUCGUCCAGCCACCAGCAGCGCCACACCCAGCACAGUGGGCAAUUAUCCACACACGCCCAGCACGCCACAGGUGGAGAUCAAUGGCGAAAGCGACUCCGAGGAGGAUAACAUCAAUGUGCCCGUGCCUGGCACAGUACGCGAAGAGUUCCCGCCACGUCGCACUGUGCGUCCCGUGCUCAUACCCAAGAAGCCCAGCAGCACGCCCGCUACAAGCAGCAGCUCCAGCACCACGCAGUAUGCACCACCGGCGCCAGUAUCAACUUAUGCACCAACGCCACCACGCACACGUCCCACAUCCCACACGCUGGAGACGACCACACGCAAUACACAACAGAUUAUACUCAACUCGCAUCCGCAGGAUAAUGAGAUUGCCGAUAGUGUUAAUAUACGUCAAAAUCAAUCGCCCAAUGUUAAUGUGCCCUUCGCUGUCGAUAAUCCCGAUCGCAAGGAGACCAAGGAAGCCAAACUCAAUCUGGGCGCCAUUGUGGCGUUGGGUGCUUUUGGUGGCUUCGUAUUUUUGGCUGCGGUUAUUACAACGAUUGUUAUUCUGGUCAGAAGCACCCCGAACAGCAAACGGCGGCACCUUGCUAAACAUUUUACCAAUUACCAUCAUCAUCAUCAACAUCACCAGCAGCAACAACAACAACAACACCAAAGGCAGCAGCAGCGACGCCACAAGAAGCAGCAGGAGCAGCAGCACCAUUUGCCACCCAGAGGAGUCGCACCACCGCUGCCGCCGGCACGUCUGCCCAGCUAUGCCACAGCAACCGCCACAAGUGCCACCAGCUAUGCGUCCACGGCGCAACUGACACGUGGCAGCGGCAAGGGCAGCGGUAGUCGUGGCGGUGGUGGUUUGACUGGUGGCUACCACUUGCGUCUCUUUGGUGAUGGCUAUGGCAGCAUUAGCUCUAGCACACGCUGCGAACCAGCGCCAUCGCUCUGGUAUAGCGUGCUAGCAUUGCCCUUUGAUGAUCAGAAGCUGGCACGUCGUGAGCUGAGCACCUAUGGGCGUGGGUAUAGAACACGCGCGGGUCUCUUUAGUAACACGCACAUAAACCGCACCACGCAACAUUAUCGUCAUCGCGCCUCGCCCGACUGCAACACUGUGGCAAGCUUUGAUAGCUCCACCAGCGGAUCACGCAAUGGCCUCAACAGAUACUAUCGUCAAGCCUGGGAGAAUCUGCAUGAGUCCGCCUCCAAGAAUAGUUCGCAUAAUGCGCUGCGCCGUAAGGAAACACUGGAUCCGCCCAGCAUGACGCGCUCCCGUGACAAUCUGCGCGACAACAUGCAACGCUCACGUGAAAAUCUAGACAGAUGCGGUCGCGAUAAUUAUGGCAUGCGCGACAAUUCGGAAAUGGUUGUUUCGGAUGUUUGUUUGAAGGGCGAGAAGAAGCGACAUCAUCACCAUCAUCACAAGAGCAGCUCACGCAAUGGCGACUAUCGUGAUCAGUCGGCUGGACGACGUGAACAUCACAGGCACAGCGGUGGCGGCGGACACUAUUGACCAACCAUGAUUAUAACCAUUAGCGUGGAGCAAUAGCUAAAGCAAAAGUUCGGGCAGCAAACACAAUUAAUUGUUUAUAAGCGAAUGUGUGUGUGUUUA